AGUGACGCAGACCUAGAGCCCGCGCUUAAAUUGGUCUCUCCUUCCAGUUGCAGUCCAUAGUCCUUUGCGGCUAUACGCUGGCUCGCUAUUACCUUACGGUGGGCGAACUGUACCCAGAAAGGAGGAAGUCGUGGAAGCCGACCGCGAUCCUCGGCAGGUUGGAGGGCGCUGACUGGGGAGGGGAGCGGGGGCCUGAGGGUAAAGACCAGAGCGAGUCCAGGACUGGAUUCUCUCUACUGCUUCUCCGAUGACCUCACAUUUGGUGCAAGAAAUGGAGGACUUGGUGGGAGGAAUUCAAGAGGCGCCAAGGGUUGAAGAAUGGGUCUUUAGGUCCGUUGCUGCAGCAGAUUUCAAGGCUGAGAGACGAAGACUGCUUCUGAUCCCUGCAGGAAGAAGAAGCAGGGGAAAAAAUCUCAAGAUGGAAAAGGACCCCAAGGAAAGGAGAGAAGAGGAGCAGGCUCCAGUGUGGAAUGAAGAAGCUUGCCCUAUGGGAGGUGGUGAAGGCCUCAAACCUAGAGAAAAUGUUAGAGGGGAUUGGGACCCACCUGCUCAGGAUUUUAGAGAGGAUAUGCCCAAUGGGCUUGUCAAUAACAUUGACAUCAUAGAUGGGGAUGCUGAUGAUAUGGAGAGGUUCAUGGGGGAGAUGAGAGAGCUAAGGAGGAAAAUUAGGGAGCUUCAGCUGAGGUACAGUCUGCGCAUUCUUAUUGGAGAUCCUCCUCACCAUGACCAUCAUGAUGAAUUUUGCCUUAUGCCUUGAGUGCUGAGGUUAAUAAUCAUAAACCCCAUGCUUUGCAAACUUGCAUUUUCUUGAUAUACCCUUUAUUCUGAACCUUCCAUGUUCUGUCAUUUUUCAGAUUAGUGAUUUCAUUUUCACUUUUGACUUUGUAAGAAUUUAUGUCAACUUGCAGAAAAGCAGGGGAAAUGUUAUGAACUUGCAUGAAAAGAUGUCUAUUACAUAUUGUAAAGCUAAUAAAGCAGUUCAAAAAGCA